GAGAAGAAGCAAGAGAAGUCGUAUUUCGCAUCAGCAGUCGAGUCCAUGAAUCCGUGGACUAGCCGCAGCACCACUCCGGCACCCAAGGAGAAGGACAUGCCACCCCCGCCCAAAAAGGCAGCGCCGUCGAAGAAGGCCGACGAUCAUGCCAUCACCACAUUAUAUGGCCAAAGUUUCAAGAGAUAUCCUCCCGAAAGUCCACCCUUGAACGUCAAGUGGUUUCAUGCCGUGGAUGUCCCCAAAAGGAAACCAGAGUACUUGAAGUCAGGCAAGAAAGAGAAGCUGGACCCGAAACCAGACCCAAAGCCCCCACCAGCGCCGAAAAAGUUUGUUCCAUUCUCCAUCAAUGAUUCUCGAGCCAUCGAAAAUAGUUAUCAAAAGCUGCUAGAGGAGUGGGAAGAGAACCGCGGCAGAGGCGCAAUGAUCCGACACAAGCGCUCGAGCUCACUCCGGAGGCGCGGCGCGUCCAACGAGGAUCGUCCGAACACGAGCAUUGACUCCGAGGGCGGAGAUCAGGGACAAGGCGUCCGGGUUCCUGUGAAUGAGGAUUUUCUGUUUGAUGUUGACAUCGAGCAACGCGAACUCGCUCCAGUAUACUGGCUUGGCCCGAUAUACGACGUUCAGAGAGGUAGUUGGUUCUAUCAGGAGGGAGCCACAUUGCGACCGUGUGAGGAGAACCUUGCCGCCCAGCUUGAGGAGGGGUAUCUGAAGAUCAAGCCCUGGACGUAUCCAGAGACAAGAAGCCGGAGCAACUCUGGAGCCAAAACGAGCAUCACACCCAAGGCAUCCCGUCAAGAUCUCAGAGCAGCAGCUGCGGCACAAGCGGAAGGUGCCCUGAAACCCUUACCCGGUCAAGCAAAUCCCCAGCAUCAGCCAGAGACAUACAGAUUAUUUGGUGCUUAUAUGAAUUCCGUGGCAACCUACCAAGACUCCACAACAGCAUGGCUUUCAACCGACACUGUUUUCUCAUGGGUGACCUCGUCAGUUUACCAAAGAUUUGCUGGUGGCGGAUACCUGAGUGGAGUGAAGCUCGUUCGUGGUUACACGGAACCUGGAAAGACCGUUGAGAAGCGACCAACAACGCCUACCACUGCCACCUUGCCGCAACAACCCGAAGACGAGAAGAAGUUGAAGGCUCUUAAACGAAGAUCCGCGCCUCCUCUUACUCGAGCUGAGGGAGCUGUUGAUGUUCACGAAGAAGACAAUGUUGGUCGACCAAGUCGUGAAAGUCAGCUUGAAAGACAGUUCUCCAACUUUAUGGAAACCGCCGAGGAUCCUGAUGCGCAACAGGAACAGAUCAGGAAGCGAGAGGAGCAGGAGAUUCAAGAUGACUAUAACGCUCAAGCUGGCGAAACCCAAGGACGCGAGAUUGAGCAUCUGAUCCUUGUGACCCAUGGAAUUGGUCAGCUAUUGAGUUUGCGGAUGGAAAGCAUCAACUUCGUCCACGAUGUCAACGUUCUGCGCAAGACUUUGAAGGGGGUAUACUCUCAUUCCGACGAUCUUCGCGCCAUGAAUGCAGAAAAUGGUACUGGCCCUGGUCCUGGCAAUUGUAGGGUGCAAGUACUACCAGUGUGCUGGCGGCAUUUACUUGAUUUUCCAAAGCGCCGCGAGAAGAAAGGCGAGCACGACCUGGGCACGGCAGAAAUUGAUGACGAGGAUGAAUACCCAGCAUUGGAGGACAUCACUAUCGAGGGGAUAGCGUUCGCUCGCUCACUCAUCAGUGACCUGGCACUUGACGUGCUUUUGUAUCAGUCCGCGUACAGAGAGCAGAUUACCGAUAUCGUAUCCAAGGAGUCGAACCGCAUCUACAAACUGUUCAUGGAGCGCAACCCGGAGUUCAAGGGCAAGGUCCAUAUCAUGGGUCACUCGCUCGGAAGUGCUAUCAUGUUCGACAUUCUGUGUCGUCAGAAAGAGAAACCGAAACUCGAAAAGCUGCGCAACCCUCUACGUAUAUGGCCAUCCUCUGGUGGCAGGUCCGAAGAAUCCCGUGACAGUCCUCUGGCUUUUGACUUCGAUGCAGGUGACUUCUAUUGUCUUGGAUCUCCAAUCGGCUUGUUUCAGAUGCUCAAGGGGCGUACUGUAGCAGCCAGGCACUCUGCCAAUGCAAGGCCGUCGGAGAGCCCCCUGAACCCCGAAUAUAUGGAUGAUCCAUUCAACGAUGCGGACUUCAGCGGACGAGUUUCGGCGGUAACGGGCCAUCCCUUCUCUGUUUCCUCACCAAAGACAGCCCAACUCUUCAACAUAUUUCACCCAUCCGAUCCAAUAGCGUAUCGUAUCGAGCCGUUGAUAUCACCUGCCAUGUCGGCGCUGAAACCUCAACUUCUGCCCUAUACGAAGAGAGGUAUUUUCGAUGCAAUGGCACCUCAGGGUCUAGCAGGCAUCGGUUCUAAAGUCGGUCAAUCGGUAUCCAGUCUCUGGUCGAACAUAUCCGGCAGUAUCACAUCCUCGCUUCUCAACCGCUCCCUGGGACUGACUAACGAGGAUGUGGCGAAUUAUCAGGCGCAGCAGGCGCAGCAGGCGAACGUGAACGGGCCGAACACAUCUCAGACAACCAAAGGGAAGAAUCCGGUGGAUAACGGCCCGGCUGCCACGCCUGGUGUGCUUUCCGAUACCUCUGCAGAACAGAAGCUGAACGAAGCUCGUAAGAAGGCCCUCGCUCGGCGCACCUCUGCCUUCGACACGGGCGCCACGCUGAUCGACGAGGACAUGGAGACGCUCUUCAGCCAGUUCCAGAAGAAGCGCGUCGAGGCCAUGAGCCGCGCCGAGGAAGGCAAGGCUCUCGGGGACGAGUGGGCCGCCGAGGAGGCCAAGGCCCAGAAGCUGCGCAGGGAGGAGAUGAAGGUUCGCGCGUUAAACCGCAACGGCCGCGUCGACUACAGCAUUCAGGAGAGCGUACUCGACUUCAACCCGAUCAACACGAUCGCGUCGCAUAUGGCGUAUUGGCAGGACGAGGACGUCAGCCAUUUCAUUUUGUCGCAGCUACUUUCG